AUGGUUGAGCAGAAGCCACGCCAGCGAAAAUUUGCCCCACGCUCCCGGACAGGGUGCUUGACGUGUCGUGCCAGGCGAAAGCGCUGCGAUAAUCGGCGUCCCACGUGCGAGAACUGCACACGCCUGAAUUUGUCCUGCGACUGGCAAGCACAACGAAAACUAAUCCAGGAAUCUACGUCAGGGUCAAGUUCAAGUCCUGAAGAGGUCAUUGAAAGUGUCCCGGAUUCGCUGGGAUGCUGGGAUUUGCUGCCGGGCGAUGCUGGUGCUGAGCGACAACAUCUGCUACAGUACUAUAUCGAGAAGUUCGUACCCAGUGUAUCGGUAGCAACAACGCCCGGCAGCUUCUACACUGCGCUGUAUAUGCCAUGGGCUUUUCAAACUGAUGGCAUGCUCGAUGCAAUACUUGCUUUGUCAUCAGCUCAGCUCGCACGGCGCACAGACGACAAGGAUCGCGAGGCACACCUUCGAGCUGUCUCUUUGCGACAUCAACGAAAAUGCAGCGGAUUCAUCAAAGAGCGUCUUUCGCCAACUGGGCAGCCGCUGAGGGACACUUACCAAGUCGUCGCUAUCAUUUUACUGUUAGUGGGGCUGGAGGCACUCAAAGGCAACAAGAGCACGACAUGGAUCCAACAGCUCAAAUGUGUGCGCAAGAUUCUGGACACUAUAUCUCCGGAGCAGAGCAUCAUAGACUGCCUCGAAGUGGACUCGCUACAUCGGCACUUCACCUACCACUAUGCAAUGGCCUCCGUCAUGUCCCAGGUGUCUGUGUCAGCGACUCCGUCAGCGCCCACGCUCGAGCGGGAUCUACUGCCUAUGCUGAAUGUCGCCAUGCCACUGACAAUCGACCCAUUGAUGGGCAUUGCAUACCAGCUGUGCGACCUGAUUAGUAAGAUCCAACACGUCGUCAAUCCGGAUCCAGCCUUCCCACAGCUCACGGAAGCAACAUUCAAUGCAAUUGAGAACGGGAUUCAGACGUGGACAUAUGAGAGUCCUUUCUCUUCGGGUGUGGAUCUCCCAGUUGCACUGGAUUUGAUUGCACUGGCUGAAUCGUACCGCCUGUCUGCUUUGAUUCAACUGUAUCGCAACUCACAAAUUCACGCACCCCUCGUGCCUGGUUGCGCCGCACGCGCAAUGGAGUUCAUUAUGAGGAUCCCGCCUGGUAGUCCUGCAGAAUCGAGCUUGCUUUACCCAAUUUUCAUGGCUGGCGCUGAGCUUGACAGCGAGGUAGCCAUCGAUCGUCUGACGCAGAGGCUGAAGGAUAUCUCGGAUCGCAAUCGCUACGAGAACAUUGAUAGCGUACAAAAAGUGCUCAAGGAAGUCUGGCGACCGAAGCUAGAGGGAGGUACACGAAGGUGCUGGGAAGAUGUCCUUCGAGAAUGGGACUGGUCCUUCACACUUGGCUGA